AUGAGUAUGGUUUCUAAUAAGCACCUUUCCAUGUUCUUCUGUAUUCCAAAGAACUGUCACUAUGAACAAGACCGUAGUGCACUUAAAAAAAGGGAAUGGGAGCGGAGGAAUCAAGAAGUCCAGCAAGAAGACGAUCUCUUUUCUUCAGGCUUUGAUCUUUUUGGGGAGCCCUACAAGACAAACAAAGGGGAUGCACUUGCCAACCGAGUCCAGAACACGCUGGGAAACUAUGAUGAAAUGAAGGAUUUGCUAACUAACCAUUCUAAUCAGAAUCAUCUAGUGGGGAUCCCAAAGAAUUCCGUGCCCCAGACUCCCAUCAACAAAAACGAACCGAGCUUUUUCCCAGAACAAAAGAACCGAAUGCUCCCACCUCACCAGGAUAGCACUCACCCCUCGGCACCAAUGCCUCCACCUUCCGUUGUGAUACUGAAUUCCACUCUCAUACACAGCAACAGGAAAUCAAAAGCUGACUGGCCACGCGAUAGUCAUAACGCUAGUGUUGUCCCAGCCAGCCAGGCCAGUGGUCAGCCAAACAAGCUGCCGCCAUCUACACAGGACCAGCCCCCAGCCCGACUGGAAGACUUCUUUGUCUACCCAGCUGAACAGCCCCAGGUUGGAGCCGUUGAAGAGUCAGAUGCUUCUGCAAAAGAAGACAGUAGUCUCAAGUCCAGUGCAGGGGAUACGUUCAAGGAAAUCUUUCAGUCCGUCUCACCAGAAGAAUCUGAAUUUACAGUGCAAGCUCCUGGGUCUCCCCUAGUUGCCUCCUCUUUGUUAGCUCCCAGCAGUGGCCUUUCGGUUCAGAACUUUCCACCAGGGCUUUACUGCAAAACAAACAUGGGGCAGCAAAAGCCAACUGCGUAUGUCAGACCCAUGGAUGGCCAGGACCAGGCACUGGAUGUCCCUCCGACACUGAAACCUUCCAUUGAAUUUGAGAACAGCUUUGGGAAUCUGUCAUUUGGAUCACUCUUGGAUGGAAAACCCAGUGCAGCCAGUUCAAAGCCUAAACUGCCAAAGUUCACGAUUCUCCAAACAAGUGAAGUAAGCCUUCCCAGUGAUCCAAGCUGUGUUGAAGAAAUCUUGCGGGAGAUGACCCAUUCCUGGCCUGCUCCUCUCACUGCCAUGCAUACUUCCGGGAACUCUGAGAAGAACACACUUUCCAUCCCAGGACAGGAAUCCCAACACCUGACCCCAGGAUUCACCUUACAAAAGUGGAGCGACCCGACCAGCAGAGCUUCUACGAAGAUGCUUGAGGACGACCUGAAGCUGAGCAGUGAUGAAGAUGACCUUGAGCCUGUGAAGACCUUGGCCACUCACUGCACCGCCAUUGAGCUCUACCAGGCUGUUGAAAAGGCGAAACCUAAGAAUAAUCCUGUGAACCCACUCUUAGUCACACCGCAGCCCCCACCUGUGGUGCCAGCCAGCGGGGGAUCUGGCAGCUCCAGUGACUCUGAGAGCAGCUCCGAGUCAGACUCAGACACCGAAAGCAGCACCACUGACAGCGAAUCCAAUGAGGCGCCUCGAGCGGCCACUCCAGAGCCUGAGCCGCCCUCAACCAACAAGUGGCAGUUGGAUAAAUGGCUUAACAAAGUGACAUCCCAGAACAAGUCGUUUAUUUGUGGCCAAAAUGAAACACCCAUGGAGACUGUUUCUGUGCCUCCUCCAAUCAUCCAGCCAAUGGAAGUCCAGGUCAAAGUGAAGACAACCCCCAGCCAGGUCCUGGCUGAACCCAAAGAGAGGCCUCUCCUCAGUCUUAUCAGGGAGAAAGCCCGUCCACGGCCGACCCAGAAAACUCCAGAAACAAAGGCUUUGAAGCAUAAGUUGUCAACAACUAUUGAGACAGUGUCUCAAAGGACAAUUGGGAAAAAACAGCCCAAAAAAGUCGAGAAGAACACCAGCAUUGAUGAGUUUACCUGGCCCAAACCAAAUAUUACCAGCAGCACCCCCAAAGAAAAAGAAAGCAUGGAGCUUCCUGACCCACCAAGAGGCCGCAACAAAGCCACUGCCCACAAACCAGUCCCUAGGAAGGAACCGAGGCCAAACGUUCCCUUGGCUGCCGAGAAAAAGAAGUACAGAGGGCCUGGCAAGAUCGUGCCAAAGUCCCGAGAAUUCAUCGAAACAGAUUCGUCCACGUCCGAUUCCAACACAGAUCAGGAAGAGACCCUGCAGAUCAAAGUGCUGCCUCCGUGCAUCGCUCCAGGGGGCAAUACUGCCAAAUCCAAGGAAGCCUGUGGUGCCAGCCUGACCCUCAGCUCCUUGGUCAGCAGCAGCAACAACAGCCUAACCACCAGUGGUGAGGAGCCAGCAUUUUCACCCAUCCCUGUCACGCAAACCGAGCUGCUAUCCCCUCUACGAGACCACGAGAACCUGAAAAAUCUCUGGGUGAAGAUUGACCUUGACCUGCUGUCUAGAGUGCCUGGCCACCACUCAGUGCAAGCAGCGCCAGCCAAGCCGGACCACAAGGAGACUGCGUCCAAGCCCAAGCGCCAGACCACUGCUGCGGCCGCCGAAAAACCUGUCCCUAAGGGCAAGCGUAAGCACAAGCCAACAGAGAUCGCAGAGAAAAUCCCUGAGAAGAAGCAACGCCUGGAGGAGGCCACCACUAUUUGCCUGCUGCCCCCCUGCAUCUCACCAGCCCCACCCCACAAGCCUCCCCACGCUAAAGAAAACAGUUCAUCCAGGAGAGCAAAUAGAAGGAAAGAAGAAAAGCUGUUCCCUCCUCCACUUUCCCCACUGCCAGAGGACCCUCCACGCCGCAGAAACAUCAGUGGCAGCAAUGGCCCCUUUGGUCAAGACAAAAACAUCCCUAUGAUCGGACAGAUCACCUCUACCAAACCCAAGAGGAGUGAAGGCAAAUUCUGUGCUACUUUCAAAGGGAUAUCCGUAAAUGAUGGAGACACUCCAAAAAAGACACCCUCUGCCACCGUCACGGUUACCAACACAGCUAUUGCCACUGCCACUGUUACUGCGACUGCCAUUGUCACCGCCACUGUCACGGCCACCGCGACCGCCACUGCCACAGCCACUACCACAACCACUACGACAACCAUCUCCACCAUCACCUCUACCAUCACCACUGGCCUCAUGGACAGCAGUCACCUGGAGAUGGCGUCCUGGGCAGCCCUGCCCCUUCUGUCCAGCAGCACCACCAAUGUCCGGAGACCCAAGCUCACCUUUGACGACUCGGUUCACAAUGCUGAUUAUUACAUGCAAGAGGCUAAGAAGCUGAAGCACAAAGCUGAUGCACUGUUCGAGAAAUUUGGCAAAGCCGUGAAUUAUGCCGAUGCAGCCCUGUCCUUCACCGAAUGUGGCAAUGCAAUGGAACGCGACCCUCUGGAAGCCAAGUCUCCGUAUACCAUGUACUCCGAGACUGUGGAGCUCCUCAGGUACGCGAUGAGACUGAAGAACUUUGCGAGCCCCUUGGCUUCAGACGGGGACAAAAAGCUGGCGGUAUUAUGCUACAGAUGUUUAUCACUUCUCUACUUGCGGAUGUUCAAGCUGAAGAAGGACCAUGCUAUGAAGUACUCCAGAUCACUGAUGGAAUAUUUUAAGCAAAACGCUUCAAAAGUCGCUCAGAUACCAUCUCCCUGGGUAGGCAAUGGAAAGAACACUCCAUCCCCGGUGUCUCUCAACAACGUCUCUCCCAUCAAUGCAAUGGGCAGCUGUAACAACGGCCCGGUCACCAUCCCCCAGCGCAUUCACCACAUGGCCGCCAGCCAUGUCAACAUCACCAGCAACGUGUUACGGGGCUACGAACACUGGGACAUGGCCGACAAACUGACAAGAGAGAACAAAGAAUUCUUCGGUGAUCUGGACACACUGAUGGGGCCCCUGACCCAGCACAGCAGCAUGACCAAUCUCGUCCGCUACGUUCGCCAGGGACUGUGUUGGCUGCGCAUUGAUGCCCAUUUGUUGUAGUGGGCGCGCCCCCAUCUCCAGCAUCGCCACCCAUC